GAGUGGCGGAGACUGUGGUCCCCGCGGCUGAAGAUGGAGCCACAGCCCCACCGCCACCACGAGCCCCACCGCCACCAGCAGCACCAGCAGCAGCAGGAGGAGGAAGAGGAGCGGCGCGCGCGCUCGCCCACCGUCACCACCACCGCCAGCUCCUUCACGGCCACCUUCUCCACCUCCAGCACGCUCGCCUACGACCGGGAGUUCCUGAGGACUCUGCCCGGAAUCCUCAUGGUGGCUGAGAUUGUGUUGGGGUUACUAGUAUGGACACUGAUUGCUGGAACAGAAUAUUUCAUGUAUCCUGUCUUUGGCUGGGUAAUGUUUGUGGCAGUGUUUUACUGGGUGCUUACACUCUUCUUUUUAAUCAUCUACAUGACAAUGACAUAUACUAGGAUUCCCCAAGUGCCAUGGACCACUGUCGGUCUGUGUUUUAAUGGCAGUGCCUUUCUUUUGUACUUCAUUGCUGCCAUUGUAGAUGCAUCUGCAGUCACCAAAGGACUGGACAGCCACAACUACAACAGCUGGGCAGCUUCUUCAUUCUUUGCCUUCGUUGUCACUUCCUGUUAUGGUGGAAAUGCCUAUUUUAGUUUCGUAUCUUGGAGAUCACGGACCUUGCAAUAAAUAUUCUGUUUCAACAAAAUAAAAACAGAUGUGAUGUGGUGAAGGUCACUAACUGCUAUGGACUGAAAGAAGGAUUAGAUGACCUCCAUCGAAGGCAAGGCUAUUAAUUGCUACUAGCCCUGGUGGCUAUUUUCUACCUUCCGUAACAGUACCUCUGCCUGUUUGUGGGCUUCCCAUAAGCAUCAGUGGGAAUCAGGAUGCUAGUCUAGAGUUAAGGCUUUGGUUUGAUCCAGCAGGACUCUUAAAAGUCUUCGUUCUCAUUAAACUAAAGCCAGUGGGUCUUGUCUUAGCCAUGACUAACCUUUCAAGCUGAAUUCAAUGGAACCUAAGUGUAAUUAACUUAGUCCAAAGCCAAUGCAGUAUUUUUAUAUGUAUCAACUUUCUAGAUUUGAGUCAGCUUUCCAUUUUAAGAGCCACUGUACACAGUCCUAAAGGUGCAUGAGAGCAUUUUAGUGCAACUAAAUCAGCAUGAAAGAAAAUAUUCUGUAGUAAUUGUAACAAACACAAUUUUGAAAAUGUUGAACACAGCCAGCCUUCCUAACACUACCAAAAGCUAAUGUUAACUUGUUCUAAGUUCCUACAUUAGAAGCCCUUGCAUGAAAAUGACUAGAAGUAGAAAAUUUACCAGUGAAUUCUUGUUCAAAUUUACUGUGACUAAUUAGCUUUCACUAAUGCUAAAUGUUGUGUGUCUAGGAAUACACUAGAAAUUAAACUGAUUGCAGAAAAUGACUUUUUAAGUAACUGGUUUAUAUUAAGUAAAACAAUGUCUUCAGAAUAUUCAUGAUUUGUUUUUCACAUUUAAAAACUGUUAAGCAGGAGUCUUGAUUAUAAAUUUGUCUAAUGGUGAUAUUGGUGCUAUGAUGUGCCAAGAGGAUACAUGUUAAGAGGGAGAUGGUUUUAAUUUUUUUCAGUUUUUAAAUCCAGGAAUUAAAAUUACAAUAAAUUAAUCUAUCUACAGCUGGAACUUUGUGCAAUGAUCUCCACUGGAUUAGAUCUUCACUGGACUGGAUUUGUACUCCCUGCAAACAUCCCCAUGUAUAUGAAAAUCAAACAUUUUCCCUAUAUUUGUAGUGUUAUUUUUCUGAUUUCAUUUUAUGACUGUAUGGGUACAUUCUAUGAGUCUUCUUUAAGUUCAAGUUCUGUGAGUCUUUGAGUUUGCAUUCAUUCCCAUCAGAUAUAUUAACAGGAAAAAGAAACUAUGAGACAUCUGUAUAUGCAUGAAAAAAAUUCACAAAGAGUGUGAGUUAGGCGCACCCCCUGCCCUGUCAGAAAGUUUUCUAAGAGCUUUGAAAACAACUAUGUUAUAGAGGUGAGAGGACUGAUGCAGAACUAAGACAACCAAGUUCAAAUCCUCACUGGACCCUGGACCAGACCCUCUCUCUGAGCCUAAUGUAACCUAUCUUACAGGCUUGCUAUGAAAAUAAAAUUAUGUGUGUGAGGGAAAAGCCAGUCUGCCAUCUCUGCACUUCUUCAAGAAAGGAGGGGAAAAGAAAGAAAACCCUUUCAAAGAAAGUCUACAUAGAGGAGGAAAUGAAAAAUGCACCUGCAAAUUAGUCAAAGUGCACCGGAAGGAUCCUCAAAUGCUGUACAGAAGCAGCAGUAUGUAGCAAGAGUCACCCAGUCCAUUUUAGGCAUACAUAUACACAUGCCCCAUCUGUAUGUUAAGAAGAAGACUCAAAAGUUCGCACACAAUUGCAGAGGUGGGAAAGGAG